UGGUGGUGAGCGUCGCAGAGUUGUUUAUUUCGUUUUAAUUAUUUGAUUUUAGUUUUUCUGUGAGUAAGCUAGAGUAAUCACGUUUAUAACUACAUCCGUAAUUAAAUCGGUUUAGAAAUAAUUACCUUGUAAACUUAGUAAGUGGUGUAUAAAAAUGAAAAUCGCAGUGGAAGGUUGUGCUCAUGGUGAAUUGGAAAAAAUCUAUGAAUGUAUUGAAACUUUACAAGUGAGGGAACAUAUAAAGGUUGAUUUACUGAUUUGUUGCGGGGACUUUCAAUCUGUUCGCAAUGGCGAAGAUAUGAGAGCCAUGGCUGUGCCAGAUAAAUAUCAGCACAUGUGUACCUUUCACAAAUAUUACAGCGGUGAAUUAAGGGCGCCUAUAUUGACGUUAUUCAUUGGUGGGAAUCAUGAAGCAUCUAAUUAUUUACAAGAGCUCCCUUACGGCGGCUGGGUUGCCCCGAAUAUUUACUAUUUGGGCAGAGCCGGCGUCGUCCAAUUUGGAAAUUUGAGAAUUGGAGGUAUGUCAGGAAUUUAUAAAGGUCAUGAUUAUUUACAAGGCCUUUGGGAGAGCCCUCCAUACUCACAGAAUUCAUUGCGUUCAGUAUAUCACGUGAGAGCCUUUGAUGUCUUCCGGCUUACACAAGUCAAAGAUAAGGUGCAUAUUAUGCUUUCGCAUGAUUGGCCUCGGGGCAUAACAGACUAUGGUAACAAAGAGAAUUUACUGAAACGGAAACCUUUUUUGAGGGAAGAUGUUGAAGCCAACCAGUUAGGCAGUGUGCCAGCUGAAAGGUUACUUCAUUUACUGAAGCCAGAAUACUGGUUUGCUGCACAUUUACAUUGUCAAUUUGCUGCUAUUGUGAAUCAUGAAGAAGGCAAAGAAACAAAAUUCUUAGCCUUAGACAAAUGUUUACCUAAAAGAAGGCAUUUGCAGAUAGUAGAAGUGCCAUCAGAGUAUGAUGGUGAUAAGAUGUUGAAGCAUGAUGCAGAAUGGCUGGCCAUCCUGAAAAAUACAAACCACCUUUUAACAGUAAAGAAUGUAGACUGCCACAUGCCUGGGCCUGGUGGUAAUGAGAAAUACAUUUUCACACCAACCAAAGAGGAAAAGGAAGCUAUAAUCCACAUAAUGGGAGACAUGACAAUCUCUGAAGAGAGUUUUGUUAGAACUGCACCGGUUUACAAACCUAAUGCUCCUAAAAGACCCCCAACUGAUCCCAUAACAAAUCCACAAACUGUGACAUUGUGUGAAAAAUUGGGUAUUGAUGAUCCGUUGCAAGUUGUGCUGGCGAGGUCAGGACGGAAGAUGAGACAACCUUAUGUAGAAAGUGUAAAAUCACCAUCACCACCUAAAACAUUUACACCAAUCAAAACAAAAAUGUCUUUGCCGGCACCUGUGACACCCAGUGAAUGUGACAGUAUGGAAGUAUUACAAGGCAAUUCUAUUCUUUCAUUGGAAAAUACAUCUUUUUUAUCUGAGAGUGCCUGCAGUAGCACUGCAGAUUGUCCCACUCCCAUGUCAGAAGGUCCAAAGAAAACAUUUAAGAGACGUAACUUGGCCCUGUACACUUCGGAUGCAGACGACAGUGUGAGCACUACAUCAAGCUCUUUAGUGGAAUCUGAUAGUCCACGGAGUAGCAAAUGUUUUAAAGAUAAUUAAAUAGCAAAUGCUAGGAAAUUUAUAAAUUUAAGCAUAAUAUAGUAUGUAAUGGCAAAUGUUUAGUGACAUGUAUAAUUAAUUAAUGAAUUCCAUUAUGAUUUGUCAUGUGUAAUUAAUUAAUUAUUGUUUUUGUAUUAAUUAAUGCAAAAUGAAAUAGUCAAGACAAAUAUUUUUUUAAUUGAACACUCAUGUUUAUGAAACUAUGAAUAAGUAUCAAACAAUUAGGUAUAAUAUAACUUUCUGUGUACAUUGUACAUAAUAUGAAAAAAUAUGUUUGACAUGUUAUGGAAAUGACUUUUGGCAAUAAAAUACUGUGCAAUGUUAAA